AUGUCAGUACAGGAGAACGAGAACACGGGACCCCAGCGGUUUUGGUCAUGUAUCCCUAAGUCCCAAAGGGACUUCGCAAAGUCCAUCCUGAUUGGGGCUCCAGGAGCCUGGCCUGGUCCUCUGACAGCCUGACGGUGUGGAGCCGACCACCAGAGACGGCAGGCGUGCAGUGGCAUGGAGGGGCCAGCAGGUUACCUACGGCGGGCCAGCGUGGCCCAGCUGACCCAGGAGCUGGGCACCGCCUUCUUCCAGAGGCAGCAGCUGUCAGCUGCAAUGGCAGACACCUUCCUGGAGCACCUCUGCCUGCUGGACAUCGACUCGGAGCCCGUGGCUGCUCGCAGUACCAGCAUCAUCGCCACCAUUGGGCCGGCAUCGCGCUCCGUAGAGCGCCUCAAGGAGAUGAUCAAGGCCGGGAUGAACAUUGCGCGACUCAACUUCUCCCACGGCUCCCACGAGUACCACGCUGAGUCCAUCGCCAACGUCCGGGAGGCGGUGGAGAGCUUUGCGGCCUCCCCGGUCAGCUACCGACCGGUGGCCAUUGCUCUGGACACCAAAGGCCCGGAGAUCCGCACCGGGAUCCUGCAGGGGGUGAGAGGCGGCCGGGCCGGGCUGGGCGGACAGACCAACGGAAUAGGACGCCCAGCGGGGCUGGAGACCGAGGUGGAGAACGGCGGCGUCCUGGGCAGCCGGAAGGGCGUGAACUUGCCGGGCACCGAGGUGGACCUGCCCGGGCUGUCCGAGCAAGACUUCCGGGACCUGCGCUUUGGGGUGGAGCACGGCGUAGACAUCGUCUUCGCUUCCUUCGUGCGGAAAGCCAGCGAUGUGGCUGCUGUGCGGGCUGCGCUGGGGCCUGAAGGACAGGCCAUCAAGAUCAUUAGCAAAAUCGAGAACCACGAAGGCGUCAAGAAGUUCGAUGAAAUCCUGGAAGUGAGCGAUGGCAUCAUGGUGGCACGGGGUGACCUGGGCAUCGAGAUCCCAGCUGAGAAGGUUUUCCUGGCUCAGAAGAUGAUGAUUGGGCGUUGCAACUUGGCCGGCAAACCAGUUGUCUGUGCCACACAGAUGCUGGAGAGCAUGAUCAGUAAGCCCCGGCCCACGCGGGCGGAGACGAGCGACGUGGCCAAUGCCGUGCUGGAUGGCGCCGACUGCAUCAUGCUGUCGGGGGAGACUGCCAAGGGCAGCUUUCCGGUGGAGGCCGUGAUGAUGCAGCACGCGAUCGCCAGGGAGGCAGAAGCCGCAGUGUACCACCGGCAGCUGUUCGAGGAGCUGCGCCGGGCUGCACCACUGACCCGCGACCCCACUGAAGUCACUGCCAUUGGGGCUGUGGAGGCUUCCUUCAAGUGCUGCGCCGCUGCCAUCAUCGUGCUGACCAAGACUGGCCGCUCAGCCCAGCUUCUGUCUCGGUACCGACCUCGGGCAGCGGUCAUUGCUGUCACCCGCUCUGCCCAGGCUGCCCGCCAGGCCCACCUGUGCCGAGGAGUCUUCCCCUUGCUCUACCGUGAACCUCCAGUAGCCGUCUGGGCAGAUGAUGUGGAUCGCCGGGUUCAGUUUGGCAUUGAAAGCGGAAAGCUCCGUGGCUUCCUCCAUGUUGGGGACCUGGUGAUUGUGGUGACAGGCUGGCGACCUGGGUCUGGCUAUACCAACAUCAUGCGGGUGCUAAACAUAUCCUGAGAUGCCCCUCCCCUCUGACCCAGCCAGCGCUGGGCCCCGUCCCUCCUCCCCAUUUCCUCCACUCCAAGCCCCUCACACUCUUCAUCUGUCUUCUCUGCUCCCGUCCUCCCUCCCUGAGGCCGCAUCUGCCAUCUGCCCCAUUCCAGGGUGCCCCUUCCUCCUCUCCAUUGCACGCAGACCCUAAAAAUCUGUCCAGUUAAGCACUGGCCGUCCGGCAGCGCCGACCGUACAAUGCCUGCACCCAGUGCUCUGAGCCCGGAGACUUUAAUCCCAGCUUAACCGGUUAAUUGUAUUUCCCCAGGCUUCCCACAUCUGGAGGUAGAGGAGAGGGGAACAGAGCAAUCACGUCCAUUUUAGAAAUAUUUCAUAUCCAUGCAGACUGAUAGUCUCAUAUGUGGCCUUUAUGGUCAUCUGAUUAUCUCCUGAGGAGAGUGGCACCUCUUCCUUCAUUGUCACUGACAGUAACAUCAAAGCCCCACCCUUGGGGGAAGCCUGGAUAGAUGGGUGCUGGGGAGUACAUCUACCACUGUCUUUACAACCUCCCUGGGAUUGCAGACCACUCCCUGGCUGCGCUCAGGGCCAUCUCACGCCUUGCUGGGGGAGUCCCCUUCUCCUGCACCCAGAAAUUCCUCCAUGCCCACUUUGUUUCCACACACAAACUAGGAGCCAAAACGAGUGUCUCUAUUUUCUUUUUUAAACCCAGCUGUUCUGAAGCAAUUAUAAAACUCCCACAUAGCCAGUAGCCCAGAGCUCCCUACCCAGGAGAAGCAGGUGGGGCCCUGGUCCCACAUUCUCUGAUGCUGGAGACACGGUGGGUAAGGGAUUUCUCUUGUCCCUGAGAAGCCAGAGGUGCUGGCUAGGCUGCCCUUCCCCAGGCUCGGAUACCUCGGGUCUUCCCCUUACUCUUGUACCAACAGCAAACUCAGUAGGGAAAAACAAAACAAAACAAAAAACCCUAAAA